AGAAAAAACGAAAGUUGGCGAUGAGUUUGCGCUAGAAACCUUGCCUCUCGGUGUGCGGUUUGGGCUUUAAACCAUCCAAGAGAGAAUCUUAGCAUCGUUUUCCCCAUAGGUGGUUGAGUUCUUAAAAUCCUGCGACUGAAUCUGAAAUGGAAACAGCAAACAGCAAACCAUCUUCCAAACGCCUCUUAUUCGACCGGCGUUACGGUUGGGUGUUUGAUGAAUGGAAAGACCCAUCGGAAGAAGCUCUAGCCGGUGGCCGAGGAAUGUUUUGCAUAGUGCCUCUAGCAAAAGCUUUGUUGAAGACAGCUUCAAAUUCGAUCAAUCUUGCAGCAAGCUCUGUUGUGAAAGUCUUAGAAAAGCCAAACCUGCUCUCCCCACAAGAGCUAGAAGCUAACCUCAGAGAUCAGCUACAAAGGGUCACAAAUUCUAUACAAAAACCAUAAAUCGAUUGCCUCAUCCCAAUUGGAAAAUCCCUAUCACUCUGCCAGCAGUUCUUUGCAUCUGCAUGUUGUGUGCAUAAUUGUAAAAUGUCUACUCCACAUCAAAUGAUUGCGUGUGCAUGAACUUUGAUGUGUGAAGAAGAGAUCAUGAAACUACUACAUAACUAAUAUGGUUUGUAUACUACUAGGGUGAUUUUAAUAGUUAGUCCAGUGUUAUCUUGUUUGUUCAUGCA